AUGCCCGCGGGAGACAGGGGGCCGAAGGCGACAGCGAGGAGAGAGGACUACUCCAACCAGUCCACCUUCAUGCAGCGGCAGUUCGGCGCCAUGCUGCAGCCCGGCGUCAACAAGUUCUCGCUGCGCAUGUUCGGCAGCCACAAGGCCGUGGAGAUCGAGCAGGAGCGCGUCAAGUCCGCCGGCUUCUGGAUCAUCCACCCCUACAGCGACUUCAGGUUUUACUGGGACUUGAUCAUGUUGCUGCUCAUGGUUGGGAACCUCAUCAUCCUGCCGGUCGGCAUCACCUUCUUUAAGGACGAGAACACACCGCCCUGGAUCGUCUUCAACGUCGUCUCCGACACCCUGUUCCUGGUCGACCUGGUGCUCAACUUCCGCACGGGCAUCGUCAAGGAGGACAACACAGAGAUCAUCCUGGACCCCCGCGCCAUCAAGCUGCGCUACCUGAAGAGCUGGUUCCUGGUGGACUUCAUCUCGUCCAUUCCCGUCGACUACAUCUUCCUGAUGGUGGACCUGGAGACCCACGUGGACUCGGAGGUGUACCGCACCGCCCGGGCCCUCAGGAUCGUCCGCUUCACCAAGAUCCUCAGCCUGCUGCGCCUGCUCCGGCUAUCCAGGCUCAUCCGGUACAUCCACCAGUGGGAAGAGGUACAGUAA